UUAACCAGCCAGUCUGAUCACUGCACAUGCAUAGAAGGUUGAAGUUUUUUUUUAGCAGCAGACAUCUGCCUGAAUAUCAGUUGCCCACUGGAUACUUCUUCUGCACUGCAUUUUUGACUUGUGAUGGGCUCGGUGCCUGAGAUGUCAGUGUUUUCUACAAGUGAGAGUGUUCCUAUUCCAGUGGUCAUAAUAGGUAAUGGCCCCUCAGGAAUAUGUAUGUCUUACUUGCUGUCUGGUUAUACUCCUUAUGUGAAAGAAGGAGCUGUACAUCCAAACAUACUGCUGCAAGGAAAGCUGGAGGAAUGCCCUCAAGUUCCCAUUACAGAGCAGGACCUUGAAUAUCUGUCAGAAGGUAUAGCGGGACGGUCAAACAGCCCAGUUGCUCUCCUUUUUGAUACACUACUCAGACCUGAUACUGAUUUCCUAGGAGAUGUAGACUCAGUGCUGAGCUGGAAGUUGGAGCACCACAGAGUAAUCCGUCACCUGGUGCUGGGAAGAGACCCACCUGGGGGUGCAUGGAAUGCUAUUGAGGGAUCUAUGUUUACGCUUAGCCAUAGAGAAUGGAUGGGACUUCCUGAUUUCCCUUUCAAGGACUGGACAAGGAUGAAAAGGAGGAAUGUUAGAAAUGAUAGGUCCACUGCAGGUGACAUUCUAAAUUAUUACCAAUAUUAUGUGAAAAAGAAGAAUCUUGAGGCCAAUUUCCUCUCCGGAACUGUUGUUACCUCUGUGGAAGGCAUUGACGAAGGAGCUCAAAAUCCCUUUGAAAAAGACAUUUUACAUAGAGAAACUGAGCACAGUGCACACAAAGGAAAACUCUUCCGAGUAAGUGGGUUUUUAAAAGAUGGCUGUGGUUCCAAGCAGACAUUCUCAUUAUAUGCAGAGAAUGUUGUUCUUGCAACAGGAACAUAUGAUAACCCUUCCUGGUUGGGGGUCCAGGGAGAAGACCUUCCAUUUGUAUUCCACCAGAUCUCUGCUUUAGAGGAGGCUAUUAAAAUGCAUCAUAUUCAACCACGUUCAGACCCAGUGCUAAUCAUAGGUGCAGGGCUCACUGCAGCAGAUGCUGUUCUCCUAGCACAUCACUACAAUCUACCUGUGAUCCAUGCCUUCCGUAGACGUGUCAGCGAUCCAGCACUUAUCUUCAACCAGCUGCCACAGGUCAUGUACCCAGAAUACCACAAAGUACAUCAGAUGAUGAAAGAGCAGUCUGUUUUUGAAGGAGGACCCUAUGCAGGUUACAUAAGUCUCCCUGAACAUCACAUUGUAAGCUUCCAUUGUGACAAAAAAUGCACUUUUCGUGACAAGCAAGGACAGAGAAAAGUGCUUAGUAUAUCAAUGGUCCUCAUUCUAAUUGGUUCCAACCCCAACUUGUGUUUCCUACCAACAAAUGGAACCUACCUAGCCAUGGAUACGGCACAGCCAGUUAAUUCCAAGAGUAAUCCCAUGGAUAUUGACCCAUUCACCUAUGAGUGUAUCCAGGAGAAGGGACUUUAUGCUUUGGGCCCUCUUGCUGGUGACUAUUUUGUACGCUUUGUGCAAGGAGGAGCUUUAGCAGCUGCUAGGUCACUGUUAAAAUCUAACAAAAGGCCUCCCUAAUCCAUGAAGACUGUUUUAUGCUUUAUCUAUAAGGAGUGCAACAUGGAGUGGAAAUUCCAGUGCAGAAUGUAUUCUUUCUUUUAUUAUCAUUGUUGGCCGAACCAAGUUACUGGGGAAAUUCUACAGCACAGGACAGUAACCCCCUCAACACUGCAUCAUCAUUCCAUCUUAGGGCCAGAGUUUCUGUCACUAAAUUACAUUUUUAGGUUGUUUAUAUCUGCAAGAUGAGAGAAUAAGUUGUUGUUUACAAAACCUAAUAAUUUAUUGUUAAUACUUGUCUGCUGUAAAAAAAGUAAAUUGAUUUUUUUAAGUGUAA